AUUUGCGUACGCGAGUGCCGAAACGUGGAGAGUUAGCUGUGCUGUUUCUCGCCUCUUGUCCGAAUAUAUUCUCAGCUUGGCGAUACCUCAGCUUGUUGUCUGUUUGACGUUCCACAAACCAUGGCAGACUCGGAUGAUGAAUACGAUAGGAAGAGGCGUGAUAAGUUCAGGGGUGAAAGAACGGAGUCGUAUUCACGAGAACGCAGAGAUGAUCGCAGACGUGACGAUUGGGUUGAUAGAGAGUGGUCGAGUCGACCUAGACAACGUCCGGACUACAGGGAAUAUCGAGGUGGAGGAGGUGGAGGACGCGAUCGUUACAGUCCAGCUAGGUCUCAGGACAUGCAACCACCCUUGAAGAGGAUGCGAUUCGAAUGGGACGACAGACCAAGAUACGGUCACGAUUAUUAUGGUGGUGGCAGCGGCAGUGGAGGUGGGGGCGGCGGCGUCGGGGCCGCGGGUGGAACGUCCUGGAGUCCGGAUCACUAUCCUCCUCCGCACCAUGGCAACCAUCACUAUGGAAAUCACAGCAACAGCGGCAGUCGGGAAGUAGCUGGAAAUUUCAGUAACUCGAAUGUUGAAACUCAGCCACCUAUGAUGUCGUUCAAAGCGUUCCUCGGUACUCAGGAAGAUACUAUUACUGACGAGGAGGCUAUUAAACGCUACAACGAGUACAAAUUGGAAUUCAGGAGACAGCAACUCAAUGAAUUCUUUGUCGCCCAUAAGGACGAGGAAUGGUUCAAAAUAAAAUAUCACCCCGAGGAAUCGGUGAAAAGAAAGGAAGAGCAAGUGUCAGCACUUAAGAAACGCGUGGACGUUUUUCUGGAGUUGCUGAACUCCGAAGAGAUAGAAAAAGUGUCCGUCGACGCUGAUCAAGCGGAUGCACUGCUGCAUCUCUUAGAUGCGGUGGUUAUUAAACUUGAAGGAGGAACGGAAGAGGAUUUGCAGGUUUUGAACAUCAAACCACCUAAACCUAUAAUAGCUAAAGAUGUGUUAAAGGAAAAGGAAGACAGUAAGAGUAAAGCUGCUGUGGAGAAAAAACCGGAGACUAGCGAUGAAAGCAAGGUGGAUGAGCAUAGUGAGAAAAGUUCCAAAAACGAUCAGAAUGUGGUAACAGAAACCGAAAGUUCGGAGAAAGAUGGAAAUGCGUUAUCUGAUUCUGAUAAAAUUAAGCAAUCUGAUGAAGGUAAAGAUGCGGAAGAGGAAACUGCUGAUGAUGAGAAGCCUUCUGAAAAAUCGGAGAAAUCAAGGAAACGAAAACGUACCGAGAGCAAUAGCAGCAGUAGUAGUAGCAGUAGCAGCAGUUCUUCUGGUAGUGACAGUAAUAAACCAGAUACUCCAAAAACAGAGACUCCUGCUAAUGAAAAAAUGGAGACCAAUAACGAGGAAGGCGAUGAAGGAGACGUUAAGAAAGAGAAUCAAGAAACUAAAGUGAAAGUAGAAGUUACGAAUAAUAAAAAAUCUACAAUUGAGCCGGAAGCGGUGAUUGAUUUGGCCAGUGAAGAUAAGGACAAGGAACCUAGAGCUCUGCAUAAAACGAGCAGCAUUUUUCUUCGCAAUUUGGCGCCUACGAUCACCAAAGCAGAAGUUGAAGCGAUGUGCAAGCGAUUCCCUGGAUUUCUACGCGUGGCUAUAGCGGAUCCGCAACCAGAGAGACGAUGGUUUCGCCGUGGCUGGGUUUCAUUCGAGAGGCAAGUGAACAUCAAAGAAAUCUGCUGGAGUUUGAACAACAUUAGAUUACGCGAUUGUGAGCUUGGUGCUAUAGUGAACAGGGAUCUGUCCCGACGUAUUCGAUCUGUGAAUGGUUUAACAUCCCAUAAACAGAUAGUACGACACGACAUUAAACUAAGUGCCAAAAUUGUUCACAAUUUGGAUAAUAGGGUGGGACUAUGGAAAGAAGAGAAAAAGGACGAAGGUACAUUGAAGGAGGAAGAGAAAGAAAAUAAAACUACUCAGAGUAAUAAUGAAGUCGAGCAAGCUGCUUUCGGAUUGUCAUCUAAAAAUCCGGUGUUGAAAAAUAUAACGGACUACUUGAUAGAAGAAGCUUCAGCUGAAGAAGAGGAGUUGCUAGGUAUGUCGGGUGAGCAAGAGGAAGGUCAGCUGGGUGGUGAUGGAGAUAGUUCCAUUGAAAGAGAUCCGGUUCUAAUCAAGGUGUUGGACAGAUUAGUGCUGUACUUACGAAUCGUGCAUUCCGUCGAUUAUUACAAUCACUGCGAAUAUCCAAACGAGGACGAAAUGCCGAACAGAUGCGGGAUAAUGCACGUGAGAGGUUCGCCGCCUACCGCCAAGGUUUCUAGCGGUGAAUUAACCGAGUAUUGUCGUAAUUUCGAGAGCAAGAUGUCGGUUUUCCUGCAGCCGGUCGCCACUUUGUCCACGGAAGAUUUCGACAAGCUGGGCGCGAAGAAUGCCGAGGCUGAAGUUGAAAAGUUCGUCCAAGCCAACACCCAGGAACUGUCGAAGGACAAAUGGUUGUGUCCCCUCAGUGGAAAGAAAUUCAAAGGACCUGAUUUUAUCCGCAAGCAUAUCUUCAACAAACAUUCCGAGAAAGUCGCUGAAGUGAAAGCGGAGGCUGAAUACUUCAACAAUUAUUUGAGGGACCCGAAGAGGCCUCAGCUGCCCGAACAUCCUGGAAACAAGGCUCCGCUGAGAGAUGGACCGCGCGAAAAUUUCUCGCCAUACGGUUGCAGCUCAUUCGGAAGCUACGGUGGCGGAUAUGGUGGUGGCAGGGGCAAUUAUGGUUCCGGUUACGGUGGCGGAUUUGGCGGUGGAUUCGGGAGUUCGCGUUCCAAUCGCGGCGGAUUCAACCGAGGACGUGGCGGUGGUAGCGACUUCCGACCAGUAAUACAUUAUCGGGACCUCGACGCACCUCGAGAACCGGAUGAAUUCCUGUAAGAUGGUCAAAUGAUGUCUGGAAGUGUCUGGUCGAAUAUGAAGAUAUAUAUGGACGCUUAAAAUCAUUUUAAUAUUUCUUUUAUAAACACUUACACAGAAAUAUGCAUUAUUUGCGUAUAUAUUUAUUACACAAUUGCUAGAAUUAAUUUUUAAUUAAAAAAACGAUUAAAGUUUAAGUAAAUCGUUAAUCGUAAAGUGUUUAGCAAAAUGUGUAUGAAUAUUUUAAGAAAAGAAAUAUUGAAACAAAUUGUUUUUUUGCAAAAAAACAGACGCAAAUGACAAGAAAGAAAUCAAAUUCGAUUUAGAAAUAACUAUAAUAUAGAAACUUAUAUGUAUACUUUAUAUAUCACCUUGACUUUUUAAUUAAAAGAGUACAGAUUAUUUUCCUUAAGUAGUAAAAUAUGCAUUGAUAAGAUAGAUAAAAUCACUUAUUCCACAUAAUCUUUCUUUCUUUUUUUUAUUUUACGAGCAAAAGUAUGAAAAUGAUUCAUAUAAUCAUAAUAUUUACGAUAUGUGUGAACGAAAUGUAGAAUUAUAUAUAUAUAAUAGUGACGUAAUAAAAAGGGGUCCUGAAAAUUAUUUGUACUAUUUUUAAGAGAGUAAAGAGGAAAAAGUGUAAGAAGAAGAGGAUAGGACAUUUUCUAUAUAUAUAUAUCGUUAUAUUUUUGCCUAUAUAACACACUAUAUACACAUUACAUUUAUCUCUGUAUAAAAUACUGCAUUUGAUGAUUUU